UGUCAGCCAGAGAAGGAGACGCCUACCCCCUGGGUGCUCUGCCUGUUGGCACACUGAUCUGCAACCUGGAGAGCCAUCCUGGGAAGGGAGCGCAGUACAUCCGGGCAGCUGGGACUUGUGGGGUGCUGCUGAGGAAAGUGAAUGGGACCGCCAUCGUGCAGCUGCCUUCCAAGAGGCACAUGCAGGUGCUGGAGACCUGCGUGGCCACAGUGGGCCGUGUGUCCAAUGUCGACCACAACAAGCGAGUGAUUGGGAAGGCGGGACGGAACCGCUGGCUGGGCAAGCGCCCGCACACAGGCUUAUGGCAUCGCAAGAGUGGCUGGGCUGGGCGCAAGAUCAAACCUCUCCCGCCCAUGAAGAGUUACGUCAACCUGCCACGGGUUGUGGCAUAG